AUGACAUCAUGCAUCAAGCUCAAACGGAAACGAAGCCAUAGAACCAGGAAUUCGCAUUCAUCAUCACUCGGAUGGUAUUGUCUCAUCGCUGCGAUUGGCUCGCAAUCACAAUAUUACGGCGUACCUUUUGCUAAUGCAUUGCUGCCAAGGAGGAGGAAUCCUUCAACAUCAUCAUCAUCAUCAUUAUUAUUCAAUACCAAGAACGCCUUUGUCAAGCACAAGGAGCGAAAUAACUACUUGGAGGGCCUUCGAGGAGGUGGCGACAAGACGAAAAGAGAUGAGAAAGACAAUGAUGUCCUGCAAAUGGACGACACGGAAUUAGAUGCGUAUAUUGAAUUCUUGUUGGCCGCGGACGGGGAGGACUCAUCCACAGUUGGGAACCCUUUCAAACGACGACGAAAAACACAAGAACACGUCGUGGAAGAAGCGGUGCAAGAGGAACCGAUUAAUGAUGACGAUUCUUUGACUGAAUUGUCCGAGAGUGAUCAACAGGAAGAAAAUAUUGAGGAAACUGGGUCAAUCCACUCUGAAAAUGUGGAGGAAGAAGAAAUGGAUGCACCAGUUAGCGAGUCUGUCGAGGCAGCAACAAUGGAAGUGGCUUCUGUUGCACCCAUAGAAAACAGACCAAUGCAUUCAGAAAGUGUGGAGGAAGAGACUGAGACAUCAGGAAUAGAUGAUUCUGUAGAAAUGGAACCAGUGGGAGAGAGUUCUUCUGCUGUUGUAUCGUCGUCCGAUGAAGAAGAGAACGAAGAAAUCUUCGAGUCAACGAUAUCAGAUCAACAACAGGAAGAGGGUAUAUCAUCAUCCGAGACAGAGGGGGACGAAAUAAUAGUGUCGGAAUUACAAAGCGAAAACAAAGAUGAUUCGAAUCAGGCUACAACAGCAGAUCAAGAAGAAAGUUUGGAUACACCGAUGGUAAAACCAAGUAUCGAGCUUAAAGUUCAACAGACUCGAGAAACGGUGGUGACAACUGGGAGAUCAGCGUUAUGGGGAAAAUUGUUCAAGCCCCUGGUGACAUUCGAACAGGGUGACGAGGAUGAUUCGACGGAAGGCGACGAGGAAAGCGUGGAACAAACCCUGGAAGAAGAAGCACCCUCUGAAACAAUGGUUCCAAAGGUUACUACUACUGUGACAGAUGAAAGCAGCGAAGAAAAAAUAGAUCUAAGUCCAUCACUACGGGAUCGAUGCCGUGAGCAAUGGCAGAAACUAAAAUCAAGUAUGGGUAGAAUAAUAGAGCCGAGCAGCUCGGAGAAAGAAGAUGUUGAUACUACUUUUGAUGGACGAGAACCGCAGCGCGACUACUCGAAAAUUUAUCAGAAAUACUACGCAAUGAACGACUCCAAGACUGCUGAUGAGACUGCAGUCGACAGUAGUGGUGAUGAAACUGAUGACACGUCCAGCAAAACAGGAUCCGGUUGGUUUGCAUUCUUUUCCAAAAAUUUCCAAAAGGAUGAAGACGUUGCCUCGGGUGAUGAUUCUGAAACCAAACUGAAUUUGAGUAUAGCACCAUCCGAUUCCGUGGACACGGAAACAACAACCCCGGAAAAUGAUGAAAUGAGCGAUGUCGAAGAUGACGAAUCAACCGAAAUCAACAGGCCAACCUUAUCGCUUGACAGGAUAGAGGGAGUUUUUCAAGGCGAUUUGGACCAUACUUCUUCCCAAGAGACGUCAGAACAACUUGAUGAGGACCAGUCGCCGGUGUUAUCGUUGGAGAUACCGAAAGAGAGUGCCCAUGACAACAAGGAAGAUGCUCCAGACAAGGAGGAGUCACCCGAACAGCAGGAUCAUGAUUCUGUAGUCUUAUCGUUGGAUAUUCCAGUUGUAGAGGAUACGGAAGACGUCGAGGAUAAAGUUCCAAUAUUUCAGGCUGAAGAAGAAGCAGAAGGUAUAGAGGAAUCGACGGUCCUUUCAUUAGAUAUACCCGUUGUGGAGAGUAUCAAAGAGGGUGAUUACGAAUCUCAAUUUCAAGAUGAAGAAAGAGGAAAUGAUAGCCGAGUUGUGCUAUCGUUGGAUAUACCAAAUGUAGAGCAACCAAUGGAAGAUAACGACAUGCCCUUGUCUAGUGAUGCCCAUGGUGCCGCUGAUCUCUCUUCGGAUAUUCCUGAGGUGAAUGAUUCAGAAGACGGCGAGGAAGACUUACCUGUCAAGUCGAAAGACGAUCCAACAUCAAGAAAAGUGAACAGACUGGCAUUGUCACUAGAUCAGCCCACAAGAACUGUUGAGAUAGUUGAUGAAGCUUCAGAUCCGAGUGGUGACGAGACCAUAGAGUUGGAAGAUGAUUCAGUUUGUAUGGACGAAAUGAUUUCCACCGAUCCUGAUACGACAACGCUACUUGAUAUUGACACUUUGAAUGAGAACUUCGAUCUCGGCAACUGUGAAGAAGUCUUGUUAACGAACAUAACGGAGGGCGCAGAAGAUGACGGAAGUCUUGGCGACUUACUCCAACUCGAUUCUGAGUCUUUGGAGGACGACAUUGAUCUCGAGGACAUUGAUAACGAGGACAUUGACGAAGACUUGCACGCCACUUCUUCAAAGCCUGAGACACCGAAGAUUGGAUUCGUAGACCAGAGUUUGAUGACCCUUUACGUUACGUUAGUCGUUUUGGAGGAGAUGUUGAAGGUAUACAUUCUACCUCCUAUUGAAGAGCUUCUGGAUUGGGUAUUGUACGAAAAACCUCCACCCAUAUUUCGUGAAGACUUCUCCCUCAGAAAGUUCCUUGAGAUGAGAGGAGGCGCUGCAAAAGCGACUUCGCUUGGAAGCACAAAAGUGCAACUUGGGGAUGAAAUCAAAGACGAGCCGAAAGAAGAGGAAAGCGAAGAGGGCACUAAUUCCGAAGCUGAGAAGCGUGGCACCAAGACGAACCAAAAUGAUGCGACGCCCAGUACCACGCACCAGAACAUGUCAGUCCCAAAAGUUCGGCCAAAUCUCAUCUAUCGGUACCUUUUGGGAUAUGGCCGUGCUGGCCAUACAAUAAUCAUGGCAUCUGUCUUUUCAGUUGAAUGGAUAGGAACUUAUUUGCCAGCAUUGACUUUCUUGGUUGCCAGUGUAAAACGUCAAGUUUUUGGAGAAAGUAAGGGCUUUCGCGAUGUCGAGGAAUCGUUUGCAUCACAAACGACAGGGUUCGUUGAUGGCACUGGAUCCACUGUCCGAGGUGGUAAGAAGAAAAAAGCGCAGACUCAAAAAGAUGACCAACAAGCAUUGGAUCAAUUGGAUAGACUUGGAGAUGCGAGUCAAGCGAGAUACUACUUUGUGAGCAAUUCGUUUUUGAAACGACACGCAAUAGGACCAUACUCAAGCGGCACAUCAGAAGUCGAAUUGGUAGCAGAAGCGCUUGACAUUGUUCAAGAUGAGGAGGAAAGUGACGAAGAUUGGGUUGUCGAAGCUUUGACACGAAAGGAAGCUUCAGCUAGAGAAUUGGCAGCUGAAUCACCUGUGGAAUUUUCAAUCAGCAGUAGAGGCUCGGCUUUAAGUGUGGGGGUUGGUUUCGGAUUUGGGGAGAAAAGCAAGAAAUCAAGGAAACGAGCAUCAAUAUCCGAGGUUUCACUCUCGAGUGCUUCUAGUCGCACGGCGAAAUCAAGAAAACCGGCAGGGCAGCGUUCGAGUGAUCGGGAAAGCGGCGUUGUCGGCCGAAUACGUGCAGCCGGCGCGAAUAGUUUGGUUGGACGAAGCAUUCUUGGGGCAUAUCCCGGUGAUGUCCCUUCACCGGAUGAGGCGGCAGACCCAAACGGGCUUCUUGGACUUGCAUCAAAGUAUGGGUACGGCGAUUGGUCCGACGUAGACUGGUCGGAUGCGGAUGAUACCGAUUCUCUUCAUCAAAGGAGAGGGAAACCCCGCAGAAAGCGAAAAUCAGCAUCAGGUUCUGUGCGAAAAGUUAAAGAAUCAUCAUCAGUGGGUUUAGGCUUGGAAAAAAUUGUUCGCGAGACUCAAUCCUCGAGAACACGGAGAACCAGAUCAGCGUCUUCUCGACCAAGAACAAAGGAUGAAAUGGAACCGGCAGCAACAAAGACAGUCCGAAAGACAAGAAUACGACGAAAAAAGCUACCAUCGACUAGUACAUUGAAGAAGGCCAAUGAACAGAAAGAAGCUGUGAAGUCGACAAGAGGAAGCAAGUUAUUGACGGCAACGAACAAGGCAACGAGCGGAAGUACUGUGACGGGACCAGCGAUUGAAUCAAUGAAAGAAAGUGCGAAACCGGAAGGAAGUGCGAAACCAGAGCCGUAUUCAGAAAGUAGCAAAAUGGCAGAUGAAGCGCGCAGUAGCACUGAGACUGCACCCAGUACCGUUGUGAAGAGGUCUAACGCUCAAAGCGACAUUGUCAAUUCGAUCGGAGAAAGUAACGUUUUGAAGCCAGGAAGUAGUACCUCUGCAAAAGAAAGCGCUGUUGCAGGGUCAGCAAUCAAAUCGUUAAAUCAAAAGGCGAAAUCAAACUCGGAUUCUUCGUCUUCCUCGACCGACACACCUGUAAGUGGACUAGCUUUGAGCUCCCUCAAGAAGGGCAGAUCUCAAGCCAGCAAUUCUGUAGUAGGACCAGCUAUUGGUUCCAUAAAGGAGAGUGCAACGAGGGCAAAGUCAGGAGUGACUAAUUCUGCAAUUGACUCACUGAGAAAGAAAGCAAAGGAGAAAUCGAAAAGUUCCGUCCUAGACCCAAAGAAACCAGAGGGGCAAACAUACGAAGCUAGUGACAACCAAGAUACAACAUAA